AUGGAACGCGGCGGCCGUGAUCAAGUUCCUUCCUGGGAUGGUGAAGCUGCAGGUUGGAACACCUAUGUGAGAAGGGUGAGGCUCUACUGGGAGCGCACGCCGUCGAAGAAGCGGAAGCUUGUCGGAGCUGAGUUGGCCAGCCGGCUGUCAGGACGCGCCUGGGAUGUGAGUGGCGAUCUUGAUCACGCCCGGCUUCAGGGGCGUGAAGGUGCUACCUAUCUUCUUGAGUACCUGGAGACUCGCCUGGGCCGCUCGGCAAUUCCCGACCUGGGAACUCGCCUGGAGGACUUCCUUGUCCGUCUUAGGAUCUCCGAAGAAGACCACCACCGGGUCGCCAAGGAGGGCGGCACCAGCCACGUCGCCUCCGGCAUCGAGCUCUGGACCCACCGGUCGCGAGCGAGCGCAGCCAUCGUGGUGACCAAGGCUGGACUGCGGCUGAGUGGGAGGACUGGUGGAAUGGGCAAGGACAGCGAUGAGGACGAUGAGCCGGAGCCCGAGUGGGAGCGCUUCCAGCUGGAGGAGGUCGAUGCCUUGCCCCAGGAAGUCCUGGGAUGGAUCCUCCUUCGUCGUGCUCACCUUCCUUCGCAUGCUCGGCUGUCCGUCCUCGCCGCCACCAACAACAAGCUGGACCUUGACCUCAUCGAGAAGGCCCUUCGCGACCAGGAGGAGGACCUUCUUCAAGCAGAAGAACGCCGUGGGCCUCGUCGUACUUACUGGGUUGAGCAGGAAGGCUCGUGGGGUCUGCUUCUUGACGACCUCCCGGCUGACGACUCCCAAGGGAAUGUGCAUUGGGUCGGCGAGCGCUUGCCCGAGGAAGUGCAUCCGGUCUUCUCGGCUGAGGAGGAACCGGAAACGUGGUGCAGUAUGCAUGGCGACGCUGAGGUGUACUGGAGCUACCUUGACGGAGACUGGUGGACCGAAGAUCCGGAAGGUGUCUGGUGGAACUGGUCGGACGCCAAGCCGUGGUUUGAGGUGAAUGAGGCCAUGGCUGUGGACCCGGCGGUCGGCAAGGAGCUCCAGGAAGCCUUGACCCUCUACCAGGAUAAGGUGCGAUCGUUCAAAGAAUCCCGGCAACUGGUGGCUGCUAGGAACACGGCCCGGCCAAACACCCCGGCUUCUUCGACUUCUUCCCCUUCGGCGGCCAUGGCGGCAGAUGGCGGGCAGAAGCCCGGAAGCUCCUCGUACACGGGGUGCUUCAUAUGUGGUGCUAAGGACCAUGAUUUUCGUCGGUGUCCGAAGCGCGGUUCCGGAAAAGGGGCCGGAGCUGCCCACCUGUUGAGCGACAGCCCGUGGAGCGAGGCGCCGACCUUCAUGGUGAUGCCCGGUGAUGACGCCGCUGAGCCGGGAUCCAGUGCUGAGGCCUUUGCUGUGCAGGGGAACACCCAGAUCACCGAGCAGGCCGAGAUGCCAUUGUGCUAUAUGCACGUGAUUGCCGGCAACCCCCAGGACGACUUCGCCUUCGGCAACUUCCAGAUGGAGGCGGCUAUGUCUGUGACCGGCCAGUUACACCCAGGGUUCGCUGUGAUCGACAGCGGGGCCACGGAGACGGUUGGCAGCCUUGAUGCCAUCGAAGCUGUGGUGGCGAUGCGCCGCCAACGCUAUGGAAUGGAGAGCGUCCGAGUGUACCCGGAAGCCCGCCGAAGCUUUCGCUUUGGCAACGCCCAGCAGGAGACCGCCACUUCCUAUGUAGAGGUUCCUCAGACCCUGGGCGGCAAUGCUAUCUCCCUCGGUGUCUUUGCGCUUGACGUGCCCCGCAUCCCGAUCCUCUUGAGCAUUCGGACUUUGAAGAAGCUAGGUGCUGAGAUCAACUUCCAACGCAAGACCAUAGUGUUCAAGGCCGUUGACCCUGGAGUUACCAUAGGCCUCCAGGAGAGUGCGUCAGGUCACCUUUUGCUAGAUCUGGCGCACGAUUGGUUGCGCACACCCGGUGCCGGCCAAAGUUUCUCCGGAACCGUCUUGAGCCAGGUCUUGUCCGGAUAUAAGGAGGGCGCGGGACAUGUGCAGCAACCUGAGCCUGGGGGCCCCGACAGCGAGAACUUCGGCGUCUUCACACAACAGCCUCCGGAACCCCAACUUCCUGAACAAGCACCCGGUCACGAACACCCUCCUUUGCAGAGUGCCUUGCUGUCUUCCAGUGGUGCAAGUGUGUGUGAGCAUGCUUUAGCAGACAGACAUGUUGCUUUCGAGAGUGUGCCUCCUGAAGUCCCGAGUCAUGUGCCAAUUUUCGAUAUGACUGCUGCCGACGAGACCUCUCGAGAGUCGAUGGGGACACUGCUGUCCCAACAAUCCCCCCGUCAACUUCCUCUUCGUGAUCAUGGCUACGAUGUGUCAAGAGCAGUUGGGCCGGAUCCCCGCGAUCCAAGGACAGCCGGGCCGCCGUGCAACGGGAACCACGUUCCGAUGGCAGCCGGCCGCGGGAGCCUGUCGGAGUCGGGGGCCAAUGCGCACGGCCGCUGGGAAGUGUGCAAGGAGUGCCGCCUGCGACUCCUUUAUGUGCCGGCCUUUGGCGCUCACGCUCAUUACCGCCAGGCUGGACCGUUGCCAGUGGACGCGAAGAAGGCAGUGGAGAUCAUGGAGGAGCGUGUUGCAGCCGGGAAGCCGGCGGCCAAGGAGACCUUGAAUGCCAAGGCGGUGGCGCUCCAGGGGGCGGAGGAUUCUCUUCUACGACGCCUCGAGACCGUCCGCUCUCAGAAGGCCCAGGCCCUUGGGAAGGCGAGCAGCGAGAAGGAGAAGGACGGCGGCUACCCGAAGGACGUUCGCGCCGGCGACCUCAACGACAAGCCGAAGGACCGCGGGGCCCGACCAAAGGUGAAGGCAGCAGCUCAGGCGGUAAGCUCCGACUCGGGAAUGAGUGCCAAGGACGAUCCACAGCGUGUGCCAAAGAAGAGUGUCAAGCGGAACAAUCCCAAGGCUGCCGAGGAACAGGAAGCGCUGACCAAUGCCGAGGCGGAGACGUGGACCAAGGGCUUCCUUGCGGCCGAGGGCAGCCUUCAGAACGACCAGGCCGCAACGAUCCGCGAGUCCAUGAAGGAGAUCCUUGCGGGCUUUGAUCAUGAUGUGGCUGAUCUGCCAAAGCACCGGUCUGGGGUGCAUGUGCUCGAGGUCGGAACUUCCGGAGCGAGUGGCCUUCGAAAUGCUGUUGAAGAUCGACACGGAACCUCAGCGAGGAUGAGCCCCUUCGAGUACGACUUUGGACGGAAGGCCGGUGUGGAGCAAGCUUUGGAAGCAGCCAGGGCUCGUUCUCCGGCUUUGUUGUGGGUUUCAGUUCCGUGUGGAGCCCUUGAGCAGCCUGAGGACAGUGUACCGGAAGGGCCCGACGAUUCCCAAAGGACUCACCUGCAUCGCAGAAGGAGGUGCCGCAAAGUCUUCAAGACCGCCCUUAGGCUUGCUGAGGACCAGGUGCGCCGUGGUGCCCACAUGGCAUGGGAAUGGCCUAAGGACAGUCUGGCUUGGAAGGAGCCCGAGAUGAAGGGCUUCAUGGCGAAGCUUGCGAAACGAGGGCACCUACAUGUGGCCAUCUUUCUUGACGAGGCAGCCGGGAAGAAAUGGCAGAUUGUGUCGACGAGCCCCGACCUUCGCAGAUCAAUUGUGUAUGCGCAGGAGGGCUUGUCAUCCAGGAGAUCUGCGGCUGCUAUGUCCCGGUCCUUGUCGGUUUCUUCGAGAUAUCCUCCCAAGUUGUGCCGGGCCGUUGCCGAGUUUGCCCUACAGGCCGAUCACCUUGGUGGCGCAGCAGCAGAAGCCCAGGCCUUUGGACUGAGUGACGAACCGCUCCUUGAGUCAAAGCUGGACCCCGCUGACCGCAAGCGGGCAGAGGCACUGGUUCAUCGACUUCAUGUUCGUGCCGGGCAUCCCUCUGGCAAAACUCUGGCAAAGGUGCUGCGUGCCCGGGGAGCCCACCACGAGGUCAUCAAGAUUGCCAUGGAACAUACAUGCCCAGACUGCCAAGAGAUGCGCCUCCCGGACCUUUCUCCUAGCGUCUCUCUCCAGCAAAGUGAGGUGCCAUGGAAGGUGAUCCAGAUCGACAACGCCGAGAUCAGGGUCGAUGACACGGUGACCCACUUUAUGCUGAUCACCGACGAGGCCACCCACUUCACUGUCGUUGCUAAGCUCUUUGACCGGCACUACCAGGACGGCAGGAAUGCGACUGCGGAGGAGGCCAUCCUGGCAAUUGAGCAGCACUGGACCCAGGCUUAUGGAUUUCCCGAUCGGCUUCGAUGUGAUCCCGAGGGGUGCUUCCGCUCGAAGCUCUUAGAAGCCUGGGCGGCCGACAUUGGCAUUGAGGUGACGCCGUGCCCUGCGGAGGCACAUCACCAGAUUGGCCAGGUGGAGUCUUUGGUGAGGAAGAUGAAACAGGAUGCCACGACCCUUCUUGCUGGCCAUCCUGUGGGCGCUCACCGUGCUCUUCUUCAUUGCGCCGCGGCCCACAACACAGUGCACAGGGUGCAGGGCUUUAGCCCGGCCCAAUGGGCUUUUGGGCGCGACUUUGGAGUUGAUGGGCGUCUGUUUGAGAGCGAGCAAGGCCUCCCCCUGUUGCAGAACGCCGUGGAAUCAGGACACAGCUUCCAUGACCACAUGGCUGUGCGAACGGCGGCGGAGGACAUAUACCGGAAAUCCCAGGCAUCCUAUCAACUGGGGCGGCUCUUGAAUAUGAAGUCGCGCAGGAAGGUGCAGUUCAUUCCGGGCGACCUGGUGUUUUAUCGUCGUGUGCAGCCUCCAGCAGACACGCCCGCACAUCCAGGCCUUGGGUUUGCAAAAGUUGGUCAGGGCAGAUGGUUCGGGCCGGGACGUGUGUUGGCGACUGAGACUCGGAGCGACGCUCAAGGAAUGGUCCGAAAGCCAUCCCAGACUGUGUGGGUCAUUUCAAAUGGCCGUCUCAAGCGAUGCAGCCCUGACCAGCUUCGGCAUGCAUCCGAAAGAGAAGCUGCGAUUGCUGAGGCUACCGAUGCUGCGACGCCACCGUGGACCUUUCAUAGCUUGCUGCAGACCUUGGAAGGCACCGGCUUCGAGACCUUCGACGACUAUGUGUUCCCGGAGGACAUUGGGUCUCUGCCUCAUGUGUCCAGGGGUCGCUCCAGAGCAAGGUCACGGGAGCCAGCCACCGCGAGAAAUGAGGGCACAGAGAAGCAAGGCGCAGAGAAGCGAGAACGAAGUGCCCAGAAUCCAGUUCCUCGCACUCCUGGUGGUCCCCCGGCGGCCUUGCCGACAGUUGAUCCUCAGCGGUAUCUUGGUGACCCCACAUACUUCUAA